AUGAACGACCUCGAACCGUUUGAUGGAAAUUUGGAUGAAGAAGAGUGGAUGGAAAGAUUCGAGAUGUUGACCAAAGGAAAGAGGCCACAUACGAAGGUGCUGUUGUUUCAGAAGAAGCUGGAGGGUUAUGGCAUUGUUUGGUGGCUCGAUCUUCCAGAAUCCGUUCGCUCACAUUGGCCAGGUAUACGAACAUUAUUCCUCAGCUUCUUCCACGGCGACAUUCAUAUGCGGAAAGAAGCCUACGAAAAAGAGAAGAUCAUACAAGCAAAACUUGCACCACCACCAUUUUCAGAUUCCGACCCCUCCCAUGAUCAUCCUAUCUAUCAGACUAUUGCUGAUAUGUUCGAGCAUGACCUUGACACCGCUAGAAGGGCCGCAUACUUAACUUAUGCUCAACUUGAUGACGAAGACAACCAGAAGUUGUUUUUUCGUGUCCUUUGGGAUCUUGCGAUGAACUUAGGGGAGGCUAGUUUGCGCCGUGCAGGAAUGGACGCCGAGACCGCGUCGAAAAAGUUCAAUGAAGGAUUUGAGGCAGGAAGGAAACUCGGCUUGGAAGCUGGACUUGCUUUGGGCCUGGAGGAAGGAUGGGAAAAAGGCUUAGAUGCAGCACGAAGGAGUAUGGGUGCAGCAGAGCACAACGAAAUCGCCGUCGACACCGCUGACCUUUCCAAACCACCACCAUCAUACAUCUCAACUCCAACUCAGACGUCAGUCGUGAUCACUCACACAUCAACAUCCAUCCAGACCAUCGACGAAGAAGUACAUCAAGCUUCAUUAUCCGCACAACCCUCUACAGAACCUGCUAUUCUAACUACGUCAUCGUCGAAACGUUUGAACUGGGCUGACGAUGCAGAAAGCAUCCCGAACGCUACCCUCAUACCGUGUUCCAAGAAGCCUUUCAUCCCCCGAGACCUUACAGUUCUACGUUCAAAAUCUGCUCAUCCCUUCAGUUCCCUGCGGCGGCGAAAUUACCGUUCCAUGAGACCUCACACCCGUUCUUCCGAUCAUCGUUCCAUUAUUCCGCUUCGUACCCGUUCCACACCUAACCGACCCGCCACCUCUGCACCAUUCAUCUCACGUAGUCAUCCCUCAGGUAUUGGACCAGGCAAGCCUGUAUACAGCAAUCACACCUACGCUGGUCAUCGUUUAGCUCCAAGAACUCAGUCGUCAUUGCCUCCAUUGGACUGGGAUAGAGAUCCCCGUUUGGUUCGUUUGGGUAGAAUACUAGGAGAGUUAGGUUGGGUUAGCCUGCCGUAG